ACUGUUUACAUUUUGCAUGCGAUUUUUCUCUUUUUCCUCCUACCCCUUGGCGACCUAUCUAAAUAGGUCGCCAAAAAAUUGGCGACACUUGGCCUUGCCGUAGUUAUGAUAAUAAUCCCGCGAUUUUAUUUUCUGUUUUAAAAUAUGAAAUUUAUUCGUAUUAUGACAAACUCUUGGAAUGAUAUUCGAAUUGUGAGAAAUUUCUUCACUAGCUUUACUUUUUCGAAACUUACGCCUAAUAAAGGCUCUAAUGACUGGCUUACUAGACAGUUAAAUGAUGUUUACGUUAGAAAAAGUAGAUAUGAUCGAUAUCGUUGUCGGAGUGCUUACAAAUUAUUAGAAAUAGAUGAGAAGUAUAACAUAUUAAAGCCUGGUCACUCUGUCGUUGACUGCGGGGCUGCACCUGGCUCUUGGACUCAAGUUGCUGUUAAAAAGUUGAAACUAGAUAAAGAUUUGGAAGAAGAGGAAAAGCAAGGAAUUGUGAUAUCUGUCGAUCUUCAACACAUUAUGCCGAUUAAAGGUGCCAUCAUCAUUUCAGAAUCAAAUUUCACAGAACCUUCCGUACAACAAAAGAUAAGUGAACUUCUUCCGGGUGGUAAAGCAGACGUGAUACUCAGUGACAUGGCACCUAAGGCAAGUGGCAUGUCGCACAUUGACUCUGUCGAAAUAUUGAAAUUAGUGUAUAGUGCCUUGAGUUUUGCAGUAUUAACACUGAAAAAAAGAGGAGUAUUUUUAUGUAAAGUGUGGGACUCUAACGAAGUCGAAACUUUGUAUAGUAAUUUGCAAAAUUUAUUCACGACUGUAAAGCGUAUAAAACCAAAAGCAAGUCGCUCUGAUUCAUCUGAACUGUUUAUACUAGCAAAAGGUUUUAAAGGGAUAAAAUAAUUUUCUGCAACUCUGUCUGGAAUUACCACGUGCCAUAUGCGACAUUAGGCAGGGUGACAGAUUCUAUUAUGUGUAGCCACAUCAGGAUGCGUAAUGUUUUUAAAAAGUGCUUUUUUCAUUGGAUGUUUUUAAAAGGUGCUUAAUUUUUCCUUUUUCAAAAUGAGAUUUUUCCUUGUUGAUUUUCGCUAGGAAUUAUGCAAAAAGACGCAGUUCACAUUGUUCUAUUCAACGUUUUCACAAUUAAUUAAUUCAUCCCCAAUCUAUUUCGGCGUAUUGUCAGUCUGUAGCGUAUGAAAACGCCAUUCGUUUUACAUGGUUCAAAACUUCAUGAUUUUUGACACAAUUGUCAAAAACAAUGCCAAUAGUUUUUUUUUUUCUUCUUUUGGCAUGACAGUUGAAACAAGAUAAAACCGCCAAUUGUUAAAAAUUUUCCAACCCUGCCCAGUUAAUAUAUAUUUUUAAAGUGCUUAAAAAUAUUUUUUGAGUCCUUGAAAAGUGCUUAUUUUUUGAUGAAUAAUUUGGCUACGCACCCUGUACAUAUAUUAAUAAAUAUUUGAUAGUUUUUAUACCAUUUGCUUUAACUUAUUAAAGGAAAAUAAUAUAUUAGGAAAAGAUUUAUAACUUUUGAAUCUGCACAGUUCAUUGAACAAAAGUUUAUUCCUUUAAAUACGAAUAAAUAUGCUUAAUACUGAUAAAUUAUGUUUCUGCAUAAAGAUAAAUAAUGCAAUAUUUAAAAUAAUAAUAAACUUUUUUUAUAAAACAAAAUCUUGUCUUCAGUUUGUUUCUUGUUCAAAACUCAACCUUUUUAUUUUUCACUAUAUUUUUUUUAAAAAUUUGAAACAUAAUUUGAAUAAAAGGGUUUUGGACGGUUUAAACCGUGGAUUAAUCUAUUCUGUCCUAAACCUUGCCAACGGUACUAGGCUUAGCAAAAGUCCAGAUAGUUCUGAAUAUAUUUUUUAUUUAUGAAUAUAGUUUUUACUUAUAAAUAAUUUAUAAUUUUAGUAAAAAUUAUACGUUAAUUAAUUUAUAGAAUUUAAAAGUCAUAAAUAUGACAAGGAUGUUAAUGACCUAAAAAUUCAUAAAAAAAAAAAAAAGGCCUUUAAAAAUUAGAAGCUUUUAUUAAUCAUUAAAAAUGACUUUUAAGUUUUCCAAAACAUUUUUUUUAUCGUUUUAAUUGUAAACCUAGCAAUUUUACCUUUGUGCCAGUUGGGUCCCAUAUAUUCCUGCACCAUAUUGAUAUGUCUAGAUUUUUUAAUAUUAAUCCUUUAGAGAACCUGUAUUGGCUGAAUUCUAUGUAGGUCCGAUACUGGCUGUAAAAUAUCGUGUGAAUUGGACAAUUCUAUAUAGGGAAAAUAACGGCCAUUAUUGAGCCAAGAUUUGUACAAUGAGGGUUCAUCUAGAGAAUACUUGUGUAAAAAAAAUUAGGUUUAAUAAAUAUACAAUUUAUGAAUUAAUACUUGAUAAAUAUUUAGUUUCCAAGAAGUAUCGUUUUUAAAAAGUGCUUAAUUUUUUCCUUUACCAUGUUGAGUUUCGCUAAGACACUCGUUUUCACAAUUCAUUCAACCCCCCCUAUCUAUUGUUGUAUAGCGUGUGAAAAAGCCAUUCGUUUUACAUGAUUUUCGUCUAUGCCAAAAGUUUUGACAUGACGGUUAAAACAAUUGUCGAAAACUUUCCUACCCUGCAUAAUUAUGAUAUUUUUUUAGUGAUUAAAAUUAUUUUUUGAGUGUG